AUGGGCAAUGCUCCCGUUGCCGUUAAGCUAGGCCCUCGUGUCGGAGGUUAUCGCAGAAACGACUUGUCCCCUACAUUCGGUCUGAUUAGAUUCACGCCGACGCCAUCACAGCCGCUUCGCUGGUCGUCAAUGUGCUCCUUGGCGGCUAUGCCCGCGGACUAUGAGAUGCUAGUCUCGCACAGCCCGCCCCGUCUUCAGCCACAGCCCCGCCGCUCAGCGCCGCUUUCCCUUCGCCGACACUCUGCCCGGCCGCGCCGCCGUCCCGUCCGGCUGCGGCUUUCAUUCGCCCUGCUCCAGCAGCAAGCAGCAACAGUCGCAUGCCCUGUCGCUGUCGCCCCGCCCGCCGCCCCGCCCACCGCCCGCGCCGGUCGCCCGCGCCCGCGCCGCCGCCCGCCGCCGCCCGCCAUAGCCCGUGGCCGGUGCCACCGCCGCCCGUGCUCGUGGUGGCGCCCCGAAGAGGCGGGCGCCGCCCACAACGGCCCUCCGGCGACGACUUCCGACGGCGCCAACGGCGACCUGCCCAGCCCCACGCGCCUCAAGAAUGAAAUGGUCGUCUCGCCGACGAACAAGGGGCUCGCGCUCACGCAGGUGUCUCCGAAAGCAGCUUUUCUGGAUGGCCCGCCCAUGUCGCAAGCGGCGGCGGAGGAGGAGGAGGUUAGUGGUUGUGAGCGCGCCUGGUGGUCGUAUUGUAUCGCCGCCCACGCCAUCCGCCCUCAUUGCCCCGUCCUCGCCCCAAUGUUGCAGCGAGGACGCCUGCUUGAUGGGGCCUGCAAGAACAGCGCCUGUAAUGUUCGUUACCUCGUGAAGCUGUGCGCAAGAAAUAUCCAAAAGUUACUUCGAGCCUUGAGGCUGGCGAAAUCAGGAUUGCUCAUUCGGUAAUGUGAUACGUCGGGAAACAUCUCCAACCAAGAUAACAAGAUUAGUAGUCAGGAGGAGUACGAAAUUCGAAGUGAUGGUUGUGCCGUAAUUGCAGGAUCUCCUGAUGACUUAAGUUUGCGCGCUCAUUAAUACUCGGCAAUGUAAUUUGAGUGAAGAGAUCCUAUUUAUCUAAGUCAUUAGACGUUAAUAAGUGGAGUCAAUUUUUCAAGUGAAAUGUUUUUGUGGUUAUUGUCAUAAAAUGUGUGCCAUGUUAAAAUUUGUGUGAUUGAUCAUAAAGAGGUAUUCAAGGUGUGCAAUGGACAACGAGUGAUUAAAUGGAUACAAUGAAUGUUGACUGAGACUUCAAUGCAAACUAGCUGUGAGUGGUAUUUAAUGGGUAUCUGAGAAACUUUGUCUGCUGUGUUCUAUGAUGAAUUUCUUUUGAACCACGAAGAUUAAUAAACAUGAUUCAAAUUGAGAACUGAAAGACUGAUUGAAUAGUGUUGUAUAUUGUUAAAUCUGCUCAUGAGGAGAAAUGUAUCAUAGAACAAGUGAAGAGAGCAUUGUGUACAUAACUACUGCGAUACUGCAUCUUAGGCUAUUCAGAUAUUAGUGCACAAAUUGCAUUUAUGCACUUGCUUGAGAAAAAUACUGAUAAGACUUAAAUGGUGACAGUCUGCAGAGGUUAGCAAUAUUGUCUAUUUUGUUACUAUCCAUUAACCUUAUAAAUUAAUGAAAAUAUUUAGUUUGGGAUAGGAAACAAAAUAAUGCAAAUGGCAGCUCUUGUAGCAAAUUGGGCGAAGAUGAACUUUCUAUGUAAAUAAUGUUGAAAAGUGAAUUAACCUUGCACAUCAGAAUAUGUUUAAUACUAAACGUGAAGGGUUUGCAUAUGGAGAUUUGCAAGUUAUGCUUAUCUCAUUUUAAUGUUAUUAAAUCUUUCUAUGAAAGAUAAAAUACUCAUGAUCGGGAGAGUGGCGGGAGGGGAUUUAUGGAGGGAAUAUUUUCAUAUUGAAACAUAAACCCAUAUGGCUGAUGAUGCAUCCUAAUCUUAAACUUGCCCCAUUUUUGUAAAAUGUGCCCUGGUUAAUAGACUGAUUAGCAAAUAAAGCAUGCUAUUAACUAGAAAACCAGAUAAUUUGUGGAAGUCAAUCACCUGUAAAUAUGGAAUGAAACGAACAUUCUUAUUCCCGUAAAGCGAAAUUAAGCCCGCCGAUAUUCAACUUUACUUUUUGCCUUCAUGAUAUAUUAAUUUUCCUCUCGGCUUAAAUGCAAACAAUUAGGGUGAUGCUGUAGAGAAAGCUUGUUGGAAGUUUAUUGUAUAAAACAGCAGCCACCAUAAAGUAGUGUUGAAAAGCUGCAACUUUUACACUUUGUACAUAAUGGCUGAUUGUCUAAGACUGAAGUUAUUGUUGCAUUAUUUUUUAGUUUGAUACAUUUUAUGGGCAAUGAAUUGUAUGAGAGUGUAUAUAUUUUUUAUUGUAAAACUCCACUAGCAGCACAGCAUACUAAUUUUACAGUGUAAUAUAAGUUAAAAAUAUUUUAAUAAGUUUCAAAAACUCAGAAGUACAAAUUUUUUUUAUUAGCAGCAUUUGAAAUGUGAAACUAGUCAGUUUCAUUAAGUUGUAAUGCAUUCAUCGAAGGCUAGUAUUUUAUUUGGCAAACUUGUUUUUUAAUUGUAAGAUUGGAGUGAGUACAUUUGUGAGAUGAAUGGUAAUCAUUUUUACACUGUAAAUACAACAAUUACACUGGAACAGGCUGAGAAGUGUAAAUAGAAUGUAUAUAAUUCAAUCACAUUGAUAUUGAAUAAAUAUGUCUGCUUAUUGGUAAAAUAAUC